AUUAGGCAUGUGCUGCACAGGAUUACGGCGCGCAGAAGCACAAUUCCCUGCGCUGUGCGCUCUGGACUUCUCUGCACGGCAUUUCUCCGUCUACCUGAAUUUAUCGACACUAAACACCCUUCAGUCCCACUGAUCCUGGUGAUAAAAUAUAUGGAAACAUGGCCGACGUCCCUCAACUCGUCAAAAUUGGCAUUUCCUUGAAGAUGCUUCCCAACAACUCGGCGGUGCACUUCAAGUCCGACGGCGCCAGGUUUGGACAGACCCGGACCAUCAAGCUGCUGACCGGGUCCAAAUACAAAAUCGAGGUGGUAAUUAAACCAGGAGCGGUCGAAGCCACAUCGAUGAGUGUGGGGGCCGUGACCUUCCCCCUGGAGCAGCAGUCUAAAGACCCGCAGUCAGUGGUCUAUACUGGCCAAUACGACACAGAAGGGGUGGCGCACACCAAGAGUGGAGAGAGGCAACCAGUUCAAAUCAACAUACAGUUCACAGAGGCCGGGAUGUUUGAAACGGUGUGGCAGGUGAAGUACUACAACUACAACAAAAGGGACCACUGCCAGUGGGGAAACAGCUUCAACAGCAUCGAGUACGAGUGCAAACCCAACGACACGCGCACACUCAUGUGGGUCAACAAGGAGAUGUUUGUCUGAUGGAGGAACAUCUGGAAAUAUUCAGUGUGUACUGAUGUUUCUAUUAGUGUAUUGCUUCCUGUUGCUAAAAGGAAGCAUGUAAACUGUGAAUCUACAAUAGAUACACACUCUACCUUACUGUUUGGCUUUAUUGUAGUCUUUCAAUCUUUCCAUUAUUGGAAAAUCUAAAGGUUUUUUUUCUCUGUUUGAAAAGAAAAUGCAACCCUUUUCUGCCGUAAAAUAGUGAUCGGAUUUACUGCCAAAUCAGAUCCUAUGGCAGAACAUUUAAAAUGCAGUGAAGUCUUUUUACACUGGUUUUGUUUGUUUAUGGUGGUUAUACAUUUGGUACAUUUAUUUAUACAUUAUUGAGAUUAAAAAGAAACAUGUAGCAUUUCUCGACAACCUACAGUUUUAAUUAUAUAAUGCAGAUUAAAUGACGUUUUGAAAUAAAUAUUUGUAAUGUACUGUGCCGUGGCAUGUGGUAAACCUCAAGUGUGUUUAAGCUUAUGUGUAUGUACAGUACCAUAUGUGUGAAUGCACAUGUGCCUGUGUGUUUAGCUACAGUAUGUGUUUUACAGAUGUGUUUAUGUUUUUUGAAGAUAUUUCUACAUGUUUCAUUCCAAAAUGACUUUCCAAGAUUUCCAGAAAUUACUAAGUUCAACCAAGUCAAGUGCCCUUGCGUUAGUGACAUUUUAAUUUCAUUGGCCCCGAGCAGAAUUUUCCCUUUAUGUACGUGUAUUUGAGCUUUCCACGACAUCUGCAGCUUCUAAUGUUAAAAAUGUGGGGUAUACAGUAUUUUUCAAAGAGCAAGGCAAUAUGGCCAAAGAAAAGCGCCCACAUAGUUAAAAAUGAAAUAAAAUAAGGGAAUUUACUUUAUUAUUAUUAUUACAGGCAUUUUCCAUCAGCUGCUUUAAAAAGCAGUAACGUGUACAGUACAAGGAAACCAACUCUACCACUCUACUACUCUCAACCUAUUGUGCUGCUACUUUUAGUUGUGAAAGACUUUCACCUUGAAGCUGAUCCUCACAAAACCGAACCAAAUCCGUAUAACUGGAGAGAUACCACUUCUUUUUAACCGAAUAGUCCUGCUGAUGUUGUUGCUGCCACCUCCAAACCCAUUUAAAGUCAAACUUGACUGGCUUGAGACGUAGUGGUGCACUGGGCUGCCACCCAGUCCUUAGGCAAGAUGGACUAGGUCGUUGUUUGUCUGAAAGAGUUACAAGGUAAUGCAGUUGCCCACAAAACGUUACCCUGGUAAUUUGAUGAAAUCUUUCAGCUCUUGAAAGUGUACAGGUCAGCUCCUCUGGGAGUAUCUACGAGCUACUGUUACCCAGCAAGAAGAGAAGAAGAAGAAUAUGUCUAUCUUGUCAAAAGCCUGCUUCAGCCCUUAUCCUUUUACAAUGACACUGCAGUGCACCUCCUCUGCGUCAGCACCUCUAAACCAUGACAUUUUGAGUGUUUUAGAAUGAAAAUCUCUGUGUAGCUGUGUGUAUGUGUAUUCUUUUUGUGUAUUUUUUAUUUUUUGUACAGUAUAAUGCAGUAUUGGAUGUAGGAAUUUUGUAUUUGGGUGGAGUUGUGCCCCUAUUUACAGUGUGCUUGUUUUCUCUACCUCUUCCGAAGGACAUAGCCAUGAAGCCAUUGUAGCCAUUUUCUAUUGCUAGUGGUAACUUAUAUUUUUAGAAAUAGUAUUUUUGUACAGUGAACCUUUAAACCCUUUUAUUAUUGUGUGUAUAUUGGUAGAAAGAAACUAUAAAUAAAUUAAAUAUUAAAAUAAAUAUUUUCUUUUAAAUAUUGAAUUGAUCUAUGUAAGAAAUCAGAGCAACAAAGAAACAAUGAAAUGGCGCAAUAUAGUUGUGGGAUUUACAAAUCAUUAUUACCUUUUUGUGAAAGUGUUGUUUGUUCGUUUGUUAUUAAUAGUAAAAUGGAAAAUCUUUU